AUGGCAUCUUCCAGAGCCCUGGCUCUUGCAUUGCUAGCUCUCCUCAAGGCUUGCAAUGCCAACGACCGCGGUAGCACCCCGACGCCUACCGUCACGACAGCGCCCAUCUUUAUACCGUACUACAGCGAAGAACAAUGGUCUGCUGUACGGGGUAGUAUCGUCUCGAUGAACCAGACGGCAACCCAAACGACAUACACUAUUUUUUGUCCCACAGCGACUCAGGUUGCUUGCGACCUGUCGCUUGAAUUCCCGUUCAUUAUCGUCGAGGGCCCAAGCACCCUCAAGUUCCACGGCACCUUGACCUCCACAUACAUUGCUGAUCUUGAAUGCAACAUGAAGGGCACUACCGCAGCCACAUGCUCCGGCUAUUCCAGCUACUGCUCCGGCUAUACCAACGGCAAAUACACCGGACCGACAGAGGUAUCAUGGACAUCAACGUUGACCGGAUCCAACAUCCAUUGGGGCACUCUCACCCUCGCCGAUAAGCCGUCGGAGACGGACGAUUCGCUCGAAGUGACGGCGACCAAUAUCGCUGUGCCGACGGUGCCUUCAUCCCAAACGUAUAAUUCCACUCCGACACAAACGGGCGGUGGCGACAACCUGCACUCAAGUCGAAGUUGGGCUCCAACGACGGCGCUGUUGAGCAUAUUUGCUAGUGUCGUCAUUAUGUAG